ACCUUAAGCGUGCAUUAUUUUCCAUUUACCAACUACCAUGCCCACUCUUUUGAAGACUAUGUCCGUAGCAUUCAGAAAACUAGAAACCACUGUAAAUCAAGGUCGGGAAAUAGAAGUGAAACCUUUUAUUGAAGCAUGCUCUACCAUUAAUUCUCUCACGAGCCACUUACACUCAGGUCCUAUAUCCGUAGUGGGCGACUUAAAUGAGGAAGUUAGUGCUAUAAAAAAUGCGUCAACAACGUAUUCUACAUUGAAUUCAAUGCUGGAGGCAGGUAUUGAACGGGACAACGUCCUCAAUUUGAGGAGAGUAAUUGAGGUUGUGGAAAACUUGUUUCAGGAUAUUUUAGAUACAGAUUUUGAUGAUGAGGAUGAUAAUUCAUUGGUUGAUCAAGGAUACCGCGCUUACUCGAUGGUUUUUGGUCAACAUCUUGGAGAUUCAUUUCGCACUAACAUAGCAAAGUUCGUACACUUAAUUCCCAGCAAGGGAGUUCCUCAAAGGAUUACAGGAAAAUGAGACAUCAUGCGCAGCUAAUAUGAGAGCCAUUGUUGACGCAGCACCACGUAUCACUGCAUAUAUUGACGGGCUCAUGUAGACUGGUGAAACUCGGAAGUAUAUCAACGACCUCUUGAAACCAUGAAAACAUAUCAAUGCUGUGUGUAUUCUGUUCGUUAUUGAUUGUCACUGUUUUUUAGUUUGUGCAUUAAUUGCUUCUUGCGUGUAGACAAUCUUAAUGCGUUUCCUUUUCUUUUCUGUACUAUGUUUGUUUUUGUUGAAUAAUAACACCAUGAACUAUCGUUUGUUA